AUGUCCUCCGACGAACUGCAGACGUUCAAGGACCAGCUCGCGCUCGUUAAUCUGCAGCUCGAGUCCGACCCCGAGAACGCGGAUCUCCUCCAGCUCAAGGACGAGUUCAAGGAGCUCAUUGAGCUGACCGAGGCGGCCGCCGCUGCUGAGGCGGCGAAGGCGGCAGCGAAGGGCAAGGAGAAGAAGCACCGUGGUGACCGGGAACAGCAGCGUGAUACCGCCCCGAAAGAGGAGAUCAAAGCUAACACCAACUGGCAAGAUCAGGGAGAGUACAGGGCCGGCAUGGACUGUAUGGCCAAGUACAAGGAUGGCAAGUGGUACCCUGCGCGCAUCAACGCUGUUGUCGGAUCCCAGGACUCCCCAUUGUACACGAUAACCUUCAAGGGUUACACGUCGUCUACGAACGUGCCCCUCUCCUCUCUCCGGCCACACGACCCGACGGCGCCGAUCCCGAAACCGCAGAAGCGGCAGAACGAUCUCUCGGAGCGCGAGAAGGAGAAGAAGAAGCUUAAGGGCGAGAAGUGGAUGGAGAAGCAGCGUGCGCGGGCCGAUGAGGCCAAGGGACGCCAGAACUCCUGGCAGAAGUUUGGCAAGAAGGCGGCCAAGAAGGGCAUUCACAUUGCCGGUCUCGAGGGCAAGAGCGUCUUCCAGACGCCGGAUAACCCUUAUGGCCGCGUCGGCGUCACUGGCUCCGGAAGGGGAGUGACGGGGUACGAGCGCAUGGGCAAGCACAAGUUUGACACGGACACGGACAACUAG